AUGGCGGCGCCCGUGUUCCAACGAGGGUUCCCGUGGAGCAGGACUGCGGCGCGAGCGUGGGCUGCGGCAGGCAAAAGAUCCAUUCUGUCAGCUGCUUAUGUGGACAGUUCAAAAUGGGAACAGAAAGAAAAAGAUAAGAAGAAUCUGGCUGAAUUGGCUGCUUUUAUGGACAGAACCUAUGAAAGAAAGUUUCCAGUCAGUUCCUUAACAAUAUCCCGGUUUAUUGAUAACAUUUCUUCACGGGAGCAAGUGGAUCAAGCUGAGUAUUACCUUUACAAGUUUCGUCACAGUCCUAACUGCUUUUACUUGAGAGACUGGAACAUCCACUCCUGGAUCAGACAGUGCCUUAAAUUUGGGGCACAGGACAAAGCCUUGUACACAAUACAGAAUAAGGUACAAUAUGGAAUUUUUCCAGAUAAUUUUACCUUCAAUAUACUGUUAGAUUCUUUUAUAAAGGAUGGGAAUUAUAAAGAUGCUAUGGCCGUGGUUACUGAGAUAAUGAUACAAGAACAUUUUGAUGAAGUAUCUACACAACUUCUCUCGCUUUAUGUCAUGUAUAACUAUUUGAAAACCAAAUCAGAAUUUACGUGGGAGGAAGAGAGAGACCUUGGAGCAUCCCUGUUGUUAACAGGCCUGAAGCAGACUGACACGGUGGGCUUCAGCUCUCGGCUAUAUGGUUAUGCACUUCUCGGAAAAGUGGAGCUGUCCCAGGGACUACGAGCCGUUUACAACCUGAUGCCUCUCAUGUGGACCCCGGGUUAUCUGAACAGAGCCUUGCAAGUGAUGGAGAAUGUGGCGUUACUUCCUGGGGAUGUAAAGCUGUGUAAAGAAGCUGUUGAUGUUUUGGCAGCCAUAUUGCAGCCUGCUCCUGUGACAGAAGCAUCUCAAGAAGAAGCAGAGGCAUCAGAAGAAACACCAAAGCAAGCACAGUCAGAAGAAACAGAAAAGCUUCGGCUUCCUGAGUACCGUGAUCAGUUCAAGGAUCUGCAUGCGAAACUGCAGGCGCUCGGCAAGGUGGACUCUUCCCGCUUGUUGACGUUGACCACCCAGCUUGUGGAGGAAAAGCGGCCCAGAUUUGAAGAGGAAGACCUUGCAAAAUAUGAGCAGAAGUUGAAGGAGUGGGAGCAGGAGCGGGCACUUCUGGUGGAAAGAGAGAAAAAAUUGAGAGAAAAGGCCCGGCAAGAGCUCGAAGCCAGGAAGGCAGCAAAAGCCUCCCUUUAA